AUGCAUUCUCAGGCUCGUGGCAAGGCAAAGCAGAUUGGCCUCUUAUACAAAAAUGACUCUGGAGAACCGGAGUUCGCUUUGCAGCUAACAAAGAAACUUAAAGGACGUUAUGAAGAAUCUAGUAAACUACCUCAGCCAGACCUACACGAGAAUCUAUUCCCAGGGGACUACUUACAGCUCUAUUUAAACCCGAUACUAAUGUAUCUAGUAAUUUUCUUCUGUGAGAACGCUUUGAGGGACUACAAAGGUGCUGAAGGGCUUGAAACUUUAUUGAACAAGACCCCAAAAAAUGGGAACGCCAUUAGAGUCCAUUUCGACCCAAAAAUUAUGGACACUCCUGUGUUUCGAGGCGCAAACGGAGAGGACAUGCUUUCAGGGGACUCGCUUCAGAAAGAUUUUAGAGAGUCCCAAAUUCGAGGAGGGACCGCCGAACCUUACGGGCUUCAUGCUGUGCGAUCCGAGUUUCUGACGAUGGUCGACACCAACCCAAACUAUUCCGACACGCAACGGCUGCAAACAGCCGGUCACCGAAGUAACACAAUACAUCAACAAAGUUAUGCCGCCCGAAAUCCAGGAAUAGAUGGCCAGGCCUCCCUCUUCGGCAAAAAAGCUCGGCAAAUCGAUCUUGCGUAUCAAUUCCGACAGUUUGAGAUAGACUGGAGACCAGACCUUCCACAGGAGUUGCCUUCGGCCGAAUUCCGGAAGCUUCGCGAGGACGAAGAAUACAAGAAACUGGCUUCCACAGUUACAGAUCCGGAGCUCACAGAUUCGCGGAAAGUGAAGAGAGACUUACAGAAAUUGGAGGCGAGCGGCCUCGAGGCGAAACUUUCGACAACAGAAUUGAUAGAUAAAAGAUUACCGAAGAAGCAACUGAAGAAACUGGAAGAAGGCAGACUGAAAACAUACUGGUCGAAUCAACCCAAGCCUGACACGCUUGAUUUCAAAUCAUACAGCACCGUAGGGGUGGACUUACCUUUUGAACGACUGCGUCCAAUUUUGCCAAUCCGAAGCGAGCUCGCAGACAUUUUAGUUCGGCCUAUUACAAUGCGCGAACCAGAAGGUAGGAAGGCUAUUGAUUUGCUCAUCCAGCUUCACCAAGCAGUGACAGAAGUCCACCGUUCGGGGCUUGAUGCGAAUCUGUGCACCUGUCCGAAGAGGAAAACGAAGGAUAACCUUCACGUUUACGAAUGCGUCAAGAAUCAACACCAUUUUGCCGAAUUUUGCUUCUCUCCUUGCAAUGAGUGGGUUUUUAGCAAAGAGGAAUGGGACCAACAUUGUCAAAGACAUUUCCACGAUGGAAGUUUACAUAAGGAGGUUGCGUGGGGAAAAGUUGAGCGCGCUUUUAUCCCAGGUUAUUGUCCCUUCUGUCGGUGGGACGAGACUCUGAGCCCAGGAGAGCGAUUACGUGCAUUUCCUACCGAGAAAGGCUGGAGAGGACAUAUUUUGGGCCAUGACUUGAGCAAUCACUGCCACGACCCAAGAUGCAACGAGCCUUUCGAAUCUGAAACUGAUUUCCAGGACCAUAUGAAGGACGUUCAUAGAGUCCCAACCGAGCUCUUGGCCCGGGAUGAUGUGGCUGGAGGAUACAAAAGCACAAAGGGAGGUCACAAAAGGAAGUUACAAAUGGCUUUUGAGUAUAUGCAAGCCCCCGAGACUGAAAAGAAAGCCAAAGUUGAGACCUCACCCCCAUGGACGGAAGGAAGCUUCUUCGAGCAGAGAGGCUGGGCUGGACACCCCUACACUGAACCCUAG